GUGCUAGUUGAUGAAAAUGGGCCUAUUAGGUGCAGAGGCUGAUGAGAACCAGACAGUGGAAGAAAUGCAAGUGGAGCAGUUCGGUCCAGGGCACACCACUCCUAGAGGGGAGCUGGCCCCUAACUCUGAGCCGGAGCUUAUAGACAGCACCAAGCUGAUUGAGGUACAGAUCGUCCUUAUAUUGGCCUAUUGCUCCAUCAUCUUGCUUGGGGUGAUUGGCAAUUCCUUGGUGAUCCAUGUGGUCAUCAAAUUCAAGAGCAUGCGUACAGUAACCAACUUUUUUAUUGCCAAUCUGGCUGUGGCGGAUCUUCUGGUGAACACCCUGUGCUUGCCGUUUACACUUACCUACACCUUAAUGGGGGAAUGGAAAAUGGGUCCUGUCCUAUGCCACUUGGUGCCCUAUGCCCAGGGCCUGGCGGUACAAGUGUCCACCAUCACCUUGACAGUAAUUGCCCUGGACCGGCAUCGUUGCAUUGUCUACCACCUGGAGAGCAAGAUUUCAAAGCGAAUCAGCUUCUUGAUUAUUGGCUUGGCUUGGGGAAUCAGUGCCCUUCUAGCAAGCCCCCUGGCCAUCUUCCGGGAGUAUUCACUGAUUGAGAUUAUUCCUGACUUUGAGAUUGUGGCCUGUACUGAGAAGUGGCCUGGUGAGGAGAAGAGCAUCUAUGGCACUGUCUAUAGUCUUUCCUCCUUAUUAAUCCUGUACGUUUUGCCUCUGGGCAUCAUCUCUUUUUCCUAUACUCGUAUCUGGAGUAAACUUAAGAACCAUGUCACCCCUGGAGCUGCUAAUGACCACUACCAUCAGCGGAGGCAAAAAACCACCAAAAUGCUGGUGUGUGUGGUGGUGGUAUUUGCCGUCAGCUGGUUGCCGCUCCAUGCCUUCCAACUUGCUGUCGACAUUGACAACCAAGUCUUGGACCUGAAGGAGUACAAACUCAUCUUCACUGUGUUCCAUAUCAUUGCCAUGUGCUCCACCUUUGCCAACCCCCUUCUCUAUGGCUGGAUGAACAGCAACUACAGAAAGGCUUUCCUCUCAGCCUUCCGCUGUGAGCAGAGGUUAGACGCCAUUCACUCGGAGGUAUCUGUGACAUUCAAGGCUAAAAAGAACCUGGAAACCACAGAGAACAAUGGGCCCAAUGAUUCUUUCACAGAGGCUACCAAUGUCUAAGGCAACUGCCAUGUGAAAAUAUAUGGAUGAAUUCUGACCAGAGCUGUAAACCUGGUUGAGUGGGGUGUGCAGGUGCAUCCUCAUUUCCCAUUUUAAGGAAGCAUCUGAAUGGAAGCAUCUGCAGUGUAAUUCAUGGAAAACUGGUUGGCAGAGUCUAGUAAAAACACUCAAAUUCAAAGACAAGGCAACAAAACAGUUUGCUUACAGUUGCUUAGAUUGUAGGUUGGAUUAUGAAUAAAAGCAGAGAGAAAUGGUUUUGACUGUUUCCCAGAGUGAAGGAAACGUGAACAAGGAGUUGGUGUUAUCAGCAUUGCUAAGAGGUGGUGGGUAAAAAAGUUGACUUUAAAAUCACAUUAGGGCAUAGAAUGAGGAUGACGUAUAAUUCACUGCUCCCCCCUCAUCUGAUAAAAAUGCUGCCAACACCAAUUCCUUAG